ACUGCAGGGAAAAGUCCCGCAGAGCUGAGCAGUCAUGAUGUGUGACUUCACCGAGGACCAGACCGCAGAGUUCAAGGAGGCCUUCCAGCUGUUUGAUCGAACAGGUGAUGGCAAGAUCCUGUACAACCAAUGUGCGGAUGUGAUGAGGGCCCUAGGUCAGAAUCCCACUAACACUGAGGUGGUCAAGUUUCUGAGGAACCCCAAGAGUAAUGAGAUGAAUGUGAAGUUGCUGGACUUUGAGCACUUUCUGCCUAUGCUGCAGACAGUGGCCAAGAACAAGGACCAAGGCACCUAUGAAGAUUACAUAGAAGGACUUCAGGUGUUUGACAAGGAAGGAAAUGGCACUAUCAUGGGUGUUGAAUUCUGGCAUGUUCUUGUCACACUGGGUGAGAAGAUAACAGAGGAAGAAGUAGAGGUGUUGGUGGCAGGGAACGAGGGCAGCAAUGGUUGUAUCGACUAUGAAGCAUUUGUGAGGCAUAUCCUGUCGGGGUGAUGGGCCCAUGGGGCA